AUAAAAGCCGCGGCGGAAUCUUCCUCCCUGCCAGCACAGCUGUCACAGACGUCUUCUGUGCGUCCCCCGCACGAAAUGAGAAAGACGCAGUGAAAUUCCAGGUCGCUAAAAGAAAAUGCGUCAUCUCACUUCCCUGUCGGCCUGCCCUGCCCUCUGGCGCUCUCUGCCUUGCCCAUCCUCUGAACUCCGGCUGGAUUUUGUGCUUCCGGGUGGCCAAUCUUUUCGGUGGAAGGAGAGCAGUCCAGGUCUUUGGACCGGCGUGUUACAUGGGCGUGUGUGGACCCUGACGCAGAAGGAUGACCGCCUCUGGUACGCCGUGUACCCCAACACAGAGGAAGAGGAGGGGAAAUCAGACAAGGGAACACAGAAGAAAGCCACAAAGAGAAAGCUGCAGAAGACAAACUACGGGGCCAUCAACACUGAAGACAUAAAACAAGAAGAAGACGAUGGCUGGACAAAUAUUCCCAUUAGUAUUGACUCUAAAGACUGCAAGAAAGAUGGUGAAAUGUUGGAAGAUUAUUUCCAGCUGCACCUCAGUCUCAGGGAGCUCUAUCGGCAGUGGGGAGAAUCGGACGCCAACUUUCAGAAAGUAGCCAGAGAGUUUUCAGGUAUUCGCAUCCUGCGCCAGGAUCCUAUCGAAUGUCUGUUCUCAUUCAUCUGUACCACCAACAACCACAUCUCACGUAUCACGGGAAUGAUCGAGCGAGUGUGCAGCACUCUGGGAAGACGCCUGUGCCGACUAGACUCUGUGGAUUAUUUCUCGUUCCCCAGUCUCCAGGCGCUGGCAGCUGACAACACCGAGGCCAAGUUACGAAACCUGGGCUUUGGGUACAGAGCAAAGUUUGUCAGCGAGAGCGCGCGGACCAUCUUACAUAAGCACGGCCCGGACUGGUUGGAGAGCCUUCGCCAUGUUUCCUAUGAAGAGGCAAAGAGGGCGCUCAGCGCUUUGCCUGGAGUCGGAGCUAAAGUCGCUGACUGUGUUUCCCUGAUGGCGCUGGACAAACCUGAAGCCGUACCAGUGGACACCCACGUCUGGCAAAUCGCUAACAGGGACUAUCUGCCUCAGCUCGGCCAGGGGAAGAAAACCCUCACCGAUCGCCUUUACCGGGAGAUUGGGGAUUAUUUUCGGAACCUGUGGGGUCCAUAUGCUGGAUGGGCACAGGGGGUCUUAUUCUGUUCCGACCUCAAGAAGUUCCAGAGCCCCGACAAAUCCCAAAAAGCCAGGACGAGUAGAAAGAACAAAUUAAAACAGGAAAACUCGAUGUCUUGAAAAAUGUAA